AUGUUCUCUUCCUCACGCUCCAGGCCGUACAGACCACUGAAUCAGACACCACAGGAAUUCAUUGACUCUGAAAGUGAUCAUGAUGACGACCACAAAGCAAAGACUUCGCGGACUGUGCUCCAUUGGCCUCUUGUCAUCGUAAUCUUCUGCACGUUCCUCAACCUGUUACUGGUAUCUACCCCUGCCUUUCUCCAAGACUCUUCAGUAUAUUUAGACAAACUUAUUACUCGAAAGAAUGACCACAUUCUCCGUCGUCCUUCUCAAUAUAUGCGGUUCGACGAGAUCGCACGGACGUCGCCUCCUAUUCCGAGAGAGUUCAUAAGUCUCCCCAUGUCUGUCAGCUUGGUGGAUCAUUCUGCGUCAAGUCAUGUUUUCAAUGGCUAUCUUGCGAUGCGCACGAUACGUGCUGGCACAAUCUCGCCCAGUGAUGACCGCAAAGUCCACGUUACACAAAUUGACAAUCUGGCGAUCGACUGGGGCAUGUAA